CAAUAAUUUUGCGAAUGUAAACCAAACAGCUGUUGUUUUUUCUUUUCUUUGGCUUUAUAUUUUUUUUGAGAUUUCUCUGCUGACAAGAAAUUACAUCGAGAAAAAACUAUGACCUCCAAAUCGAAUGAACAAAAAUGUUUAGAAAUUUUAAAAUCAACAGAAGAGGUGGCUGAUCAAGUUCUCGUCAACAAACAAGAACUGAUAGCUUUAGAUAAACGACGCCAACAAAAUAGAGAAGCUAUACGUGAACUAGAAAAGCCCCAUGAUAAGUCUGAAAAGAAGGUGUGGACAACUCUGGGCAGCAUGUUAGUUAAGUUGGAUAGAUCCAAAGCUUUGGAAUUGCUUAAAAAAGAUCAACAACAAAUUGAGCGUGAAAUUCAAAUCCUACAAUCAGAUCAAAAGAUUUUAGUUAACAAACAUCGAGAUUUGGAACAUUUCUCCCCCUACUCUGGUACUCACAUAAAACCCUUAGAUCGUAAAGAAUUUAAUGCACUCAAAGCAAACCUACCUAUGUUGUAAACUAACAAAUAUGUAGAAAAAAAAUUAAAAUUAAGAUAUUUUUA